CAUAAGAAGGGGCUCGCCGUGGUUCCCUUCAUCCGGCAUCGAUCCUACAUACAACAAACACUCAACUUUUUGUCUCAUCAUCCACGAAAAGCACUAGUUAUCUCCCUAACACCCUCAACUCACGUUACACACUCACAUCGCCAUGAGAGCUGCAAGAUACUACGGCAGAGAGGAUAUCCGCAUCGAAGAGAUACCUGAACCUCCUUGCGGCCCAAAUCAGGUCAAGAUCGCCCCAGCGUUCGUCGGAAUCUGCGGAACCGACCUCCACGAAUACCUCGGCGGCCCCAACUUCUGCCCCGCAUCCAGACACCCCGUUACGGGCGACAGCAUCCCCGUGACCCUCGGCCACGAGUUCUCGGGCGUCAUCAAGGAGAUCGGCUCCGAAGUCAGGGCGGCCCAUCUGAGAGUCGGUCUCCCCUGCGCCGUGCAGCCCACGGUCUACUGCGGAAAGUGCGCGGCCUGCAACGCCGGCGCCGAGAACGCGUGCCACACCGGCGGCUUCAUCGGGCUGAGCGGCGGCGGCGGCGGCCUGAGCGAGGCGGUGUCCGUCCCCGCCGACCAGGUGUUCCCCCUGCCCGAGGGCGUGCCUCUCGAGCUGGGCGCGCUGGUGGAGCCGCUCUCUGUUGCCUGGCAUGCCGUCGCCGCCGCUCCCGUCACGCCCGAGUCGACGGUUCUGGUGAUGGGCGGCGGUCCGAUCGGGUUGGCCGCUGUGUUGUGUCUGAUCGCCAAGGGGGUGAAGAAGAUCAUCGUCGCGGAGAUCGCAACUGCUCGUCGGCGGUUUGCAAAGGAGUUUGGGGCGACGCACAUCAUCAACCCCAAGGAGCAGGACGUCUUGAAAGAGACGAUGAGCAUCACGGGCGGCAUCGGAGCGGAUGUCGUACUCGACUGCGCAGGCGUUCCCGCGAGUGUGAAAGCUGCAUGCGGGGCUGUCAAAACCCGCGGGACAGUCGUCAAUGUCGCCAUCUGGGAGAAGGAGAUCCCGUUCAACCCCAACUGGGUGACUUGGAGAGAAAGCUCGUACAAGUCGGUUCUCGGAUAUCAGAAAGCUGAUUACGAGGCAGUCAUUGAGAACCUGAGAACAGGCGCUUUGAAGCCUGCAUCGAUGAUUACCCGCAAGAUCCCGCUUGAUGACUUGAUUGAGCACGGCAUCAAAGCGCUCAUUACGGACAAGGACAACCAGGUCAAAAUCUUAGUUGACGUGAAUGCCUCCGUUUCUGAAAAGGCUUUUUUGUGAAAAAAUGCUACAUGGUUUUUGAUAUCUUCAUAUGUUAAGUGCUGACCUCAGGGGAAGGAGGCAGAGGUGUUUUAAUAAUUACGUUGGCUCGUUGACUUUUGACCCGUGAUCUCAACAUCGUCAACUGGAGUGUCAGCGGUUUUGUUAGGUCGUGUAUGAAACAGAUUUUCAGGGUGUGUAUCUUAGGUUGGACACUCAAAGGGGACCUGAUACCGCUAGCGUGCUCUAGAGGACACUUUAUUGAACCCAGGCGGCCGCCGAAGGACAGCAGAGUAACCUGCGCUUGUUGACGACCUUUCGUGUAUCUUUAAGUUGCGCGAACGAGUACCCGACAUGUUCGCCGCUCGUCUUGGGAGUCGACGACACUAGAAGC